CGGCGCCCUUAGGGAGGGUGAUGGGCUAGAACUGCUAAGUAUUAUCGUUCUGCGAGGUAGGUGUUGAAGAUUCGUUUCCCCCCCUGUAGUGCAGCAAGAAACGCUUAGUCCACCCUCGUAGCUGGCAACCCCUUUCAGUUUCACGUGUCAACAGCAGGAGCUGCCAACGCGGCCGCUUCACUCAUUCACGCCACACAUCCGCGGCCUCCGCGGCUUGCGCUUAGCGCACUUGUAGGAGCAACCCGUCCUUCCUAGCGAACCACACAGCGCCAGACCGACCGACCGCUCCCAGCGGCGGGCAUCAGGCGGACAGAGCAUACAGCAACCGCAAUCAAGCAAUAAGCGCUAAACGAGCGCACGUAACGACGGCGAGCGCUAGUCGCAGCGCGGGCUUGCGCGGGUUCUUCUGGCGUUACGAGGGGUGCGGGUGGUGGCGCGCGCAACAGUAGCUGCGGGCGCGCGAGAUCGCUGGGGUGGGGUGCCGGGGGGGUGCGGCAGGGGGCGCUUGGGGGCGGAGGUGGCGAUCGUGCUAGACUGGGAGCUAGGCGAGAACGAGGGAGUCUUGGAGUGAGAGAGAGAGUGAGGGAGCGAGUGAGAGAGAGAGAGAGUGAGGGAGGAAGAGAGGGGGAGGGAAAAAGGGAGAGAGGGGGCGAGAAAGGGGGAGAGAGGGGGAGAGAGCGAGGGAGAGAGAGGCGAGAAAGGGGGAGCGAGAAAGGGAGAGCGAGGGUGAGUGAUUGUUAGCGCAGGAGUGAGCGAGGCGGAGGGGGAGUGAGCGAGGCGGAGGGGGAGUGAGCGAGGCGGAGGGGGAGUGAGCUAGGCGGAGGGGGAGUGAGCGAGGCGGAGGGGGAGGGAACGAGGCGGAGGGGGAGUGAGCGAGGCGGAGGGGGAGUGAGCCGGCGUGCGAUGGAGGGCAUGCGGUUCGAGGACCUGCGGUGGGACGAGGACGCCGUGGCCCCGGACGACCUUAUGAAGCGCGCCGCCAGGAUCGUGGCGGACGCCAAGCGUGUCGUCGCGUUCACCGGCGCGGGGACCUCCGUGGAGUCAGGCAUCCCUGACUUCCGCAGUGCGCACGGGCUGUGGGCGCGCUUCGACCCCGCCACCUACUGUAGCUACCCCGUCUUCCAAUCCAAGCCGGAGCUGUUUUGGGAGAUGGUGCGUGCUCUGCUGGCGGACCUGAGUCCGGCGCAGCCCAACGCGGCGCACCGAGCGCUGAGCGACCUGCAGCGCCUGGGGCUGCUCACGUGUGUGGUCACGCAGAAUGUGGAUGGGCUGCACCAGGAGGCGGGCAGUGAGGGUGUGGUGGAGGUGCAUGGCAACGCGCGCAUGUGCACGUGCACGGCAUGCGGGCACAGCGUGGGCAAGCAGGUGGCGCUGGAGCAGCUCGAUAAGGGCGUCGCAGUGCCCGUGUGUCCGGUGUGCUCGGGCGUGCUUAAACUGGAUGUAAUUCUCUUCGGCGAGGCCAUGCCAGCAGCGGCCAUGUCGGCUGCAGUGGCUGCUGCUGCGUCCGCUGAUGUCCUGCUCGUCAUCGGCACGUCACUCAUGGUUGCUCCCGCCAACAGUCUCACGCACAUGUGUCGCAUGCGUGGCGGCAGGGUCAUAGCAGUCAACCUGGACCCGGACGCAUUCGUGUCAGCAGACGUGGGGCUAGAGGGCAAGGCGGGGGAGGUGCUCCCGCAGCUGGUGGCAGCAGUCAGGCAAAGACUGGGAGGGGAGCGAAGGGCCACUGCUGGCCCUCCUGCUGCUGCUGAUGGGGAUGCUGUGAUGAAUGGGCCGGGGGAGGGCGAGGGAGGGUCCAAGGGAGUGCUUGGCGGGAUCUUGAACCGACUAGGGCUUAGCUAGCAGGUCAUGCGGUGGAGGAGCUCUCUGAGACAGUGAGUAUACGAUCUGAGGCAUGUUUGGUCUGUACAACGUUGCAGUUGUAUUGUUUUAAGAGCAACUUUUGCACGACGUCAUUGUAAAAGUGAAACACGUGUUUCGGGUGGCCAGGAUCUAGAGUUGGUGGAACCACGAGUAAAAGUCAGCGGAAGACUUCACACCUGUCCGAGAUGACAAGGAUAAUCAUAAUGAGUACCGUAAACCCACG